AUGGCCUCGGGACUCAUCUUCGACCCCUACGCCCUCCUCCGGGUCGCCCCACUCGCCUCCAGCACCGGAAGUCUGGUCCACGCCACCGUCGAGUUGACCGUGAACUCCGCCUUCCUGCUGCCCUCCCUCCGCAAGCAAUCCGACGCCCUCCUGCCGGCUUGGUACGGCAACGUCUUCUACCGCGAGGUCGUCGUCGUCGUCGCCCUCAAUCUGACCUCCCUUACCUCCGCCAUCGCCAAUAUCUAUCUCGCUCCGGAUUCCCGCCCGUGGCCGCUUUCGCGCACGACCUUCUACUGGCUCGGUUUGAUGGGCACGAUCGGACAUAUGUUGUUCGUGCCGCUGGUUGCGCCCCCCAUUCAGCGCAUGGUGGAGGAUACGAAGGCGGAGAAUGAGGCUAGUAAGGAGAUGGAUACUUGGUUGUCUCUUCAUCGCGUGCGCAUGUUGGUCGCGGAUUUGCCGGCCUGGAUUGCGUUUGUUGGGUCGGCGUUGGUGGUCUGA